AUUUCCGGCUUGCAAUAGGUACCUGCUCUGUAGAUGGGAGAGUGAAAUUUUACUCCCAGUGAACCGGGAAGAAAUGAAGACCAAUGCAUCUCGAAGUUCAAAAACUGAGGACUUGGAAGACGAAGAGAAGAAAAAACCUGCUGGAAGGAUGUCAGCGUACGCUUAUUAUUUACAAACGUGUCGAGAGGAGUUGAGAGAUCGUUUUCCGAACGAUAAACUGGAUUUUUCUCAAUUCACGAGGAUGUGCAACGACCGAUGGAAGACAAUGACGGGGGAUCAGAAGGCGCGUUACAUUCACUUGGCCAAGCGUGAUUCAACACGUUUCUCUCUCGAGAUGAUGAUUUAUCAGGAAGGGAAAUCAAGACCCAUCCGGCGUUGGGAGAAGGAUCCCCGGAGACCGAAGCGAGCCAUGUCAGCGUAUCUGUAUUUUUGCGAGCAAGAACGCGGAAAAUUGCGCCAAGAGUACGAAGACAAGGCGAUGCGAGACAUUUCCCGUGAGUUGGGCAAAGCCUGGGCUCUCACUCCCCCGGAUGUGAAGAAGAAAUUCGAGAAACUGUCAGAGAUUGACAAAGACCGAUAUCGAAAAGAAAUCGCGGAGUACAAGAUGCUGACAAAAGGUGAAAAUCGCUCCGGGAAAUCACGAUGCUCUUCACGAUACCAGGGUUUGGAAGACGAAGAUUCGCUGGAUGAAGAAAAUGGGAUGGAGGACAUGCUGGAAAGCAGUUCGAAAUAGUUAUCCCAACGUGGUUCCAACUUUUAUUUAUUUAUUUCUUCCGAGCGAUUUUCCGUGAGCGGUGAAGAAUUUUGCUCAGGUCAGGUUUAAACAUUUUUUUUGCAAUCCGCUAUGAAUUGAAUCCGGAAAGUUGGUGGAGUUCCGUAUUGAUUAAUUUUGUAAUCGUUGAUGUGCAACAUUAAAAAUCAGCAGCUACCGGCUGCGUUUAAUGCUAUGCUUA